AUGAUUUGAUUUUUUUUUAAAAAAUCAUUAUAAGGCAGCUUUAAAGAAUCCAUGGAAUCCCUAAUCGAAGAAGAAGAAUCUCGUUUUUUCGACGCACACGAAGACAUCGCGUCCUGUUCCACCGCAAUCUCCUACUACGACGCAUCUCCACCGUCCAUCUCUGCCUACGACGUUUGGAUCAAAAGUCCAGGAAACGCUGAAGAGCGUCGUGAGAAGUUCUUACACUGGAUGGGAGUAAACGUGGAGGAGGAUCAACCACCUAAAUCAGACAAUGUGGAUUGUUUCUCAAACUUUUUUAGUGAAGCAACAACGGUUCUAAGGAGUUUGAGAUCCGAAGACGAGUUCAGCUCUUGUCGUUGUGAUGAUUCCUCUGUCUUUAGUCCAACAAGUGAUAAUGUAAAUAGAGCUGUAAAUGAAGUAGUGGUUGAGGAGACAAGUAAUGGAAUGGUACAGUAUGAUUACAUUAGCUCUAGUCUUUGUUCAACGGAUCUGAUUGAACCUAAGAAGGUUAACCUGAUGAUCUCGGCUUCAGCUUCAGAACAACAUGACGUUGGAGGAAUCAUGAAGAGAGUUAAGGAGAAAUGGUUGUCUCGGCUGCAUAAAGCGCGUAGUAGCAAGGAGAAAACAGAGGAUAUUACCGGUGAGAGUAGUAGGAUAGAGAGAGUUAAAGUGAAGGAGUAUAAGAAAGAAGCUAAGGAGCUUUCUGCUCUUUUCAAGGGUCAAGAGAUACAAGCUCACGAAGGAGCUAUUCUCGCUAUGAAGUUUAGUCCUGAUGGGAGGUAUCUUGCGAGUGCAGGUGAAGAUAAGGUUUUGCGUGUUUGGAGCGUUGUUGAAGAUGAAAGAUGUGAAGAACAUGAUGUUCCUAAGAUGGAUCCCACUUGUAUUUACUUUGAAGUGAGUAAUUUAUCUGAGUUGAGACCUGUGGCUGUGGAAAAAGAUGGUGGUAAUAAUGGAUCGUUGAUGAGUCCAAGGAAGACAACGGAGUCAGCUUGUGUUAUUAUCCCUCCAAAGAUUUUCCAUGUUGUUGAUAAGCCUGUACACGAGUUUCUCGGUCAUGGUGGUGAUAUACUUGAUAUCUCAUGGUCCAAGAACAAUCGUCUGUUGUCAGCUUCAGCAGACAAUAGUGUUCGGCUUUGGCAGAUUGGUCGUGAAGAAUGUCUUGGAAUCUACUCCCACAGUAACUAUGUAACAUCUGUUCAGUUUAACCCGGUUGAUGAUGACCACUUCAUCACCGGUUCAAUAGAUGGAAAAGUUCGUAUCUGGUCAGCUUCUCACUGCCAAGUUGUAGAUUGGGCCGAUGCUAGAGGCAUUGUAACCGCAGUUUGUUAUCGCCCAGACGGACAGGCAGUAAUUGCCGGAACAUUGACGAGCGAGUGUCGCUUCUACAAUGUAACAGGCAACUGCCUUCAACUCGAUGGUCAUAUAUGUCUGCACAACAAAAAGAAAUCAUCAAAUAAACGAAUAAUCAGCUUUCAGUUUGAUUCCACUGAUCCAAGCAGAGUCAUGGUAGCAUCCGCAGACUCACAAGUCAGAAUCAUCAGCGGUCGCAACGUUGUCCAUAAAUACAAAGGAUCUCGAAACGCUGGGAAUCAAAUCUCGGCGUCUUUCACCAGAGACGGUAAACACAUCAUCUCCGCGUGUGACGACUCCUCCGUCUACGUCUGGAACUGCGUCGCACACGAUCCCGAGCCACCUCCCUCUCCUGGUUUCUUCUCCCACACGAAACGAAUCAAGAUCCGAUCAUUCGAGAAAUUCUCCGCCGACGUCUCCGUCGCGAUCCCGUGGUGCGGUUUCUCCUCCUCCUCCUCCGGCGGAUCCGAGGAGCUGUCUCCGUCGCUGUUCUCGCUGGGGAGAGAGUACGUCCUCGAUUCCCCCAAGGGAUCCGCGACCUGGCCGGAGGAGAAGCUGGCGAGCUCGUUCUCUCCGGUGAAGGCGAUCCGGAGAUCGCAUUAUAGGUUUCUCAGAUCGUCGUGUAGGAGGACGGCGGAGGCGUCGCAUCUCUGGGGGUUGGUUAUUGUUACCGGCGGGUGGGAUGGACGGAUCAGAUUGUUUCAUAACUAUGGCUUGCCUGUUCCCGUUUGAAAAAAAAUCAACGGCUGCGAUUCGUUCGCGUUUAAACGUCGCCGUUUGUAUACAUAUAUACUCGGCAGCUAGGUGAAGUGUGGUGAAGCUAGUCUGGUUUUUACACGUGGCGAUGUUUAUGAGUUUUGUAUGGGCCGCGUUGGCCCGUUUUUUUGACCCGGUGGUUUGUAGCUGGGGUCUCACCAGGUCGGAGCUGAAGCCUUCAGAGGCAUACAAGGGGAUAGGGGUGGGCACGGAUCGGAUAUCCGGGUUUUUUAAGGUAUUUGUGAUUUGCUUCGAAUGUUACGGAUAUCUAAUUUUAGUAUUUGCUUUGCUUCGAAAAAAUACGGAUAUCCGGAAAAACGGAUAUCCGGAAAAUAAAUAAAUAUUUGCGGAUAUUUACGAAUAUUUACGGAUAUCUCAUCCAUUUUAAUUAGUACAAAUAAUCUUAAGAUUUUGAUACAAAUUUGCUUUGCAAAAAUAUUUUUUGCAUGAUAUGUAAAAUAAAACUUAAAAGAACUAGUGAAUUUACAGAUUUUGUAAUUUUUUAAAGUUUAAGUUACAAC